UAUAAAGCGAUGCAGUGUUGUCCGUACAACGUCAUUAUAUAGCGUAGCUGUGUCAAACUUACAUUCGUUUUUAAACUGAACAGUUCACUAACGUAGUGCUUUAUUCGAGUUAGCAGUUAUGUACGAAUCGUGUCGCGUUUAGACCUGCUAUUACGAUGAAUUUACGAGCAGUGAUUUUAAUCGUGUCACUAGCGACGGUGUUCGCGAAAAAGUUCUGUAGUUACAAUGAAGUGUUGAACGUACACAAACGUGGUACCUACGAUUUCGCCGUGCAAUUAUUGGACCGCGUCUCGCAAGAUACUGACGCACACUUCGUUUUCUCACCCAUAUCAACAUGGAUCCAACUAAUAACUCUAGCCAGAGGGGCGCGAGGAUCCACACAAAAAGAAAUAUUGAAAAUAACAAGAUAUCACAGAAACCGAUGCUACCAAAGAAAAUAUAGACAAAUCAUAAAUAGGAUGUACAAAGAGCUGAAAUAUGUAACGAAGAGAAGCAACGUUAUAGCGAUCAACCAUCUUCUGGACAUCAAACAGUCGUUCGUUAAUGAAACUCUAAAGAAUAAAGAUACAAAAAUAUUGAUGUUGAACUUUAAAGAGGUGGAAGAAGCGACCGACAAAGUUAAUGAAGUUGUACAAGCUAAUAUGGACGGAAUUAUAAAGGAUUUGAUUGAUGAAGAAGAUUUCGAAUACACAAUAUUUGUGAUGGCUGAUACAGCAUACUUCAAGAGCGAUUGGCUUUGGCCCUUCAAUCCUGCUUAUACGUCGAGACAGACAUUCUAUUCGGAGAUAGGAAACGCUAUCGGAGAAGUAGAAAUGAUGAAAAGCGUCGGUUAUUAUAAACUAACCGAUGUACCAUUCAUACAAGCUAAAGUUUUGGAAAUACCUUUCAAGCCGCAUAUGUUAUCAAUGCUUGUGUUCCUGCCCAAAAAAGGCUCGAUACGAGAUAUAUAUUACAAAAUGAAAGAAAUACGUUUGAGUACAAUAUCAAGUUUACUAAAAAGAGUGGGCCCGAGACUGAUUACUGUCAAGAUACCCCGCAUAAAAAUAAGCACGGCUGAGAAGAAUAUUCCAGAAUUAGUAUACGACAUGGGUGUUAAAAGGAUAUUUUACCCUGAUCUCGCCAACUUAACUGGCAUAACAAAUUCAAAGAUUCAUGUUUCGUCAAUGUCUCAGGCUGUGGAUGUCGAGAUCACGGAAAUGGGUGCAAGGGCUAUAAUCGCGGAGUAUUUGACGUCGAAAGGUGCCAGUGACGUCGAAUUUGUUGCAAAUCGCCCAUUUGCAUUCUUGAUAGUCGAUUGGAAAACUGAAAUAAUACUCUUUGCUGGUAUCUAUAGUAACCCAUCUAUUUAUUAAUAAUUAAAUAAGUAAGUUUUACAUUGUUUCAUUUACGAGCGAGUACAAUGUUUUAGUUUGUCUCACUGACAAAAUAAACGCCUAGUCAUACUUUAGGAUCACGAAGGUAUGUAAAAAAAUAUACGUAUUUUUAUAUAA